UUUCUUUCUUCACCCUCCAUGUUUUGUUCUUGCUUGAAAAUAUAACCAUUACUCCUUGGAAGAAAGCCAUAGAUACAAAGAAUUCUGUGUUAGACAUCAUUAGGAGAUAUAUUUGUAUAUUAUUCAAAAGAAGAAAAAAAGAAAGAAAGAAAGAAAAGAUGGUGAAGGCAUUGGAACAAGAACAUGAAAGUUAUAAAUCCAAACUAUUCCAUUUCAAAGGAAUGUUUGAGAACACAGGUAGGCAUACAAAGAGUUUGAGCAUUGAGAGUGCUAGCAAAUUGGAUGUUACUGAAGAAGAUAUAGCUUCAUCAAAGAGUCAAGGAUCAAAGCUCAAUGAAUUAGAUAAAAACAAAAACAACAACAACAAUAAUAAUAAGAGUCCUGCUGCUGCUCCAGCUAAGCCAAGGGUUAUGAGCAAGGAAGAAAUUGAACUCAAAGAACAAAAAGACAAGCUACUGCAGGAAAUGGAACAAAUGAAGGAGAGAUUUGCAAAGUUGCUAUUGGGUGAAGAUAUGUCUGGUGGUGGAAAAGGUGUUUCAUCUGCAUUGGCCUUGUCAAAUGCAUUCACAAAUCUUGCAGCUUCGAUUUUCGGAGAGCAGCGACGCCUAGAGCCGAUGCCUCCAGAGAGGAAAGCAAAGUGGAAGAAAGAAAUUGAUUGGCUUCUAUCAGUUACUGAGUACAUUGUUGAAAUGGUUCCUCAACAACAAAAGAACAAGGAUGGCACAACCAUGGAGAUCAUGACGACGCGACAAAGAACUGAUCUCCACAUGAAUAUCCCUGCCUUAAAAAAGCUUGAUACAAUGCUUCUUGAAUGUUUAGAUGGCUUCCAAGAGAAGCAAGAGUUCUAUUAUGUAAAGAAGGAUGCUUCGGAUGAUUCGGAGAAAGAUGGAGGAAAGAAUGAUGACAAGUGGUGGUUGCCUACACCUAAGGUUCCAGUAGAUGGUUUAUCUGAGGCAUCAAGAAGGUUUCUGCAGUACCAAAAAGAUAGUGUCAACCAAGUCCUCAAAGCAGCCAUGGCCAUAAAUGCUCAAACUCUAUCAGAAAUGGAGAUCCCUGAAAGCUACAUUGAUUCCCUACCCAAGAAUGGAAGAUCAAGUCUAGGAGAAUCGAUCUACCGGAGCAUUACAGUUGAAUUUUUCGAUCCGGACCAGUUCCUAUCAACUGUGGACUUGUCAUCAGAACACAAGAUCCUUGAUCUGAAGAACAGAAUUGAGGCUUCAAUGGUAAUUUGGAGGAGGAAGAUGAACCAAAAAGACUCCAAAUCAUCUUGGAGUUCUGCUGUGAGUCUGGAGAAAAGAGAACAAUUUGAAGACAGAGCAGAAACCAUCUUGCUUCUCAUUAAGCAUCGUUUCCCCGGAGCUCCUCAAUCUGCAUUGGAUAUAAGCAAAAUCCAAUUCAACAGGGAUGUGGGGCAAGCUUGUCUCGAAAGCUAUUCAAGAAUAUUGGAGAGUUUGGCCUAUACAGUGCUUUCAAGAAUAGAAGAUGUACAAUAUGCAGAUCAACAAACUCAAAAUCCUAGGAAGAGUAAUGCUGCAAAGAGCUCAAUUCCAAGGGCUCCAACAACUCCUAAAGAUGAUGCAGACAGUGGUUCGAUGACUCUCUCGGAUUUCAUGGGUUGGAAUGGUGGUGAUCACAGUAAUAAGGAUCCUUUCGCGGCUACAGACGACUUCUACAAGGAUAUUGACAAUGGAAAAGGCCAGAAGCUUCCAAAUGUAACAACUGAUAAGAAGGUUUCCUAUCUUGAUUCCUUGGGAGGUAUGAGAAGUCCAACUUCGCGCCAUUAAUGCCGCGAAAUGAAGGACUAUUAGUAUGACAACUGAUGAAACUGGUUCCGAAAUAGGGAAGCAGGGAAA